GCGGCCUGAGGGUCAGGGUCUGGCUCCAGCCGCACCCACGCCCCGUCUGGGGGACAGCUGCCCCUGAGGAAGAUGCUGGGCUUGGAGCCUCUUUCUCUGUGGGCACGUGGCGUGGGCAGCUGCCCCCUCCUGUCCUCCACCCCCUCGUCAGCAAGCCCUGGCUGGGGCCACCCGGGUUCAGUGCCCACCACCCAGGCCAUGCCCCUGCCUGGGGGGCAGGGGGGCGUUCCUACCCACCCCUCCCCUGCGAGUCUGGCUCAGCGCAGGGGCUUCUCCGGCAGGCGCCCCCAGCGCCCCAGGCUCAGUCCUGUGCCCACACCCUCCCGGCAUCUGUGCCGGCAGCCCCCCCACGGCCAACUGCGCCCCAGGCCCUGAGUAACCGCCCCUUUGUGUUUGCCAGGCUGUCAUGCUGGGCACGAAGCUGCGGCUGCAGCCAGAACUGGACGUUGAAAAGAUGAGCACGCCGCUGCUCCGCCAGGACAAGGCGAACCUCGUGGAGCGCUACGUGGACCGCUUCCCAGACCUCCAGAGGGGGCUGCUGGCUCUCACGGACUCCCGGUGCCAGCCAAGCUUUGACAUCAGCGUCGUCGCCAGAGCCUGGCGGGGCCCAGAGAGUGCCUGCAGGAGCAGCUGCUGCAGUGACGGGGCCACAGUCGCCCACUGUGCCCGGGACCUUGCACUGCCCGGCCACGGUGGCCACAGAGCUCAGCUGGCUCAGGCUCCAAGACAGGACGCCCAAGGUAUCUUCGGAGCACACAGAGGACCGUUACUACAAGCUGCCCAUCACCAGCCCAGCCAGGCGGUCGGCCUGGACAUGGAGUGGAAGCCCUCCUUUGGCGCCGGGGGCCGGCCCCUGUCCCUCACGCAGGUGGCUGUGGAGGGUCAUGGGUUCCUGCUAGACCUGGCCUUCUCCCGGCUGGUGUCCCGGCUGCGCUCGGACCCGUCCAUCACCAGGCUGGGUUAUGGGAUGGCAGGGGACCUGAAGAGCCUGGGGGCCUCCUGCCCUGGCCUGGGCCACACACAGAAGCUACCAGGCGACGUGGACCUGCUGCAGGUACACAGGCAGAUCUGGGUGACCGACAUGCCUGCCCUGGGCAUGGAUGGGGCUGGGGGGGGCCUCAGCCUCCUGGUGCAGCAGGUGCUGGGCGAGUCCCUGGACAAAACACAGAAGCUCUCCAACUGGGACCGGUAGCCACUGGACGAGGGGCAGCCGCUGUACGCAGCCGCUGACGCCUACCACCUGCUAGAGGCGCACCAGGUGCUGUGCAGAGAGCCCACCUGCUUCCACCUGACCAGGAGCCUGCGGCCAGGACACGGCCAGAGACCAGGGGCUCGGGAGCAGCCCCACCCCAUUUUGAAAAGAAGAGUGACCACACAGCCCUGGAGCCCACGCUCCCCACCAGGUCAGGGGUUGGGAGAGGAGGCCUCACCGUACACGACCGCAGAGUCCCGGGAGCUGGAAACCGGACCAGAGUUCGUCCAUCAGAGGACAUCUAAUGCAAACUGCCCGGCUGUCACAGGAGACCUGUCGCCUUCUGCGCUGAGCAGUUCGGUUGCCAGGCAGGAGGGAAGGACCAUCCUGACCUCGGGGCUGCCGUACCACAAGCCUCUGGGUGGAGGCAGCAGGGCGCUGAGGUCGACUGAGGCUGGCGCAGGGCGCUGCUCCCUGAAGGCCUGGCAGCGGGCGCGGGCAGUGCUCAGGCAUUUCAACGUGCUGUUGCCCACUCGGACCUCUCCGGCCGAUGCUAGAUGGGUCCUGCGUGCCCCAGGGCUACCGGGGCGCCCCCUGUGUGGUGGGCUCCUUCCCGCACCGGCACCCCUGGGCUGCCCGGGGGGUGUGAGGAAGGAGGGGCAGCGGGGUGCACACCCAGGCCCUUCCUCUGGGCUGCACCGACUGGAGACGGGCAGGAACUGCGUUUGCCGCCUCUUUGUCCUCAAACCAGCAAGUGUGGCCUGCAACUUCGACCAGUGCCUGAAGGUUUCCAAGGACCAGAUGCGGCAGCUCACGUGGCUCAGCGGCCACCAGAAAGGCCCCAGCAACACAGGUUACGAGGCCCAGAUGGAGGACACACAAGAGCCAGGUGGGCGUGGGACUGCCCAUGGAGGACAAACGAGGCCCCGGUGUUGGCUGGAGGAGGCAGAUCUGCACGCCCAUGUCCCAGCCACACUGGGCAACCGCACCCGCUGCAGCUGGCAGGGAUCCCGGCAGGCCUGGGGUGGCGGCCUGGGCUGUGGCAAGGUCUUCUGGGAGGGCUCCCACCUGGGCCGCUUCGCCUCUCAGUUCCUUGAGGCCCUGGGCAGUGUCCCCAACCCCGGCACGCCCAGCGGACCCCCGUCAGGGCUCCCCAGCCCCCCUGGCUUCCGGACAGUAAACGUGGGAAAGGCCCCCCCCCCCAUGUGGGCUGAGGUCGUGGACUCACUCGUGCAUGUUGCACACGUGUCGCUCGCUGUGGGGCAAAGGUGAAGGUCCCCACCUGGGCAGGGCUGCACCCCGGUCCCGGAGCGGAGACCUGUCUGGUGCUCAGCAACAAGGCAGACAGGGGGUAGGAAGGGCAGACCUGGGAGAGG